CUUAGGAAAUGUCAUUUUGCAACGAAUGUUUGACAUAUCUGGGUUUCGCAGCUUUUCAUUUGUUUGACAAAUCUCUAUAAAUUACCUGAGGUGCACGUGUUAUUUCGGAGCAUUAAUUUUUUACCGCUUUCAAUUGUGAAGUAUUAAAAAUGGUUAAAUUACAAAAAUCACUAACUAAACCAGUCGAUUUAGUUGAGAAGAAGAAAAAGAAGGUUAUAGCUCCACCGCUUGCCGGUAUAUCAAAAAUAAGCAAAAAAGAUAAGCCAAAGCAUUCAGUUAAGAACUUGCCGAAGGCCAAAAAGGAAAAGCUACUGAAGACUGUAGUCGACGAUCUCGGAGUUGUAGCCCCUAUAAAGAAGGAAAAGAAAGAAAAAUUCAAUAAAGACAAAAAGAAAGCUUCAACUGAACACACAGGUGUGAAGCCGUUAAAAGAUUCAAAGAAAAAAGAGAAGGCUAAGAAACGCCCCCUAGUUCUAGCGCCACCUGAAUCGCCAGCGGCCACCAAGUCUGCAGCGGCUUUCCCGCAAGAAAAACCCCAAAAGAAGAAGGCUAAGGGACAGAAGAAAAAUGCUAACAAAAUAGCCAAACCUGUUAAAGAGCAAACAACUCCGUUGACAAGUUUAGAGAAGAAAAAAUCCGCUAAACGGGCAUUCAGAAAGGAGCAACUAAAAAAGAGGCGCGAAAACAAAUUAAAUAAAACAAAAAAAUCGCACCCAAAACGGCUAUUUAAGGCGCCGCCAUUCGAUGAAAGCAAAUUCAAUGCCAUUGUUAACGCGGAUAACAUAAAGAAAAUAGCGAAGGGUUUGAAAGAGCAGGUCAAGAAGGAAGUGGCUGAAAAGAAAACCGCUAUAUUUAGUGAUUUUCAAUACUUCUUAAACGUGGCUGCCUUUAAGAUUCCUAAUGUCCCUAAACGCAUGGUGAAGCUAAACCUGAAGCAUUCUUUGGUGGAUAAGGACGAUGAUGUUGCCAUAAUAGUAUCUGAUGUACAACGUGGUGCUAAAGUCGACUAUGAGCCCACCAUACAACAUUAUGAGGAUAUUUUCCGUGAGGCCGGCAUUGAAGGACUGACGAUUGUACCAUUCAACAAACUAAGGAAUGAAUGUAACACUUUUGAAACUGUACGAAAAUUUGGAAAUACCUACGAUUAUUUCCUUUGUGACGGCCGGUUGGUAGGACAUGCAUCGGGUUUUUGUGGCAAGGUAAAGUAGACUUGUAUAACUUCGAUUUAUUAAACUCUAAU